UAAAAAAAUGAAAACAAAGCUGUAGCGAUUUUAAAAUAUCAUGUCACGGAUGUCUCAGGGAUUGGCCUUUAUGCCAAGUUUGAAAUAAAAAGUCAGAGGAAAUAAAAAAUAACAGAAAGUCAUUUUAAAUGAAACGAAUAGGAAUGGCAGAGUUGAUAAACUGUUGAGUUUACUUAGGGAUCUCUGCUUUGUAAUUUCAAUUUAAACUAUUCGGCGGCGGCGAAAAUUGAAUGAGGCAGGUAUGUUUCAUUGAAAAAGUUUACCUUGCUAGAUAAUUAGAUACACAACUAUUCAUUGACUGAUGGUGUGAUUCCCGGCCUUAAUCACAAUGAGAUUAUGAUCUAUAGUUCGAAAUAAAAUAGAUUUUUCAGCAGUUGUAGUCCUAGGUGUUGCGCCAGUGUUUUUUGUCAUGUUGUUGCAUACCAUAUGUAACUCAAAUGACGUCGCUGAAAUGUUGACAAUCUUUUGUUCAGAUGAAAUAUCAGUAACCCGUUAAGUUUUUGCCACGAAACCAGGCCCUAUCUUCUGCCAAAACUGCGUGUCGCUAUCUACUGCAACGCAAAAUUAAUGCUGUAUUUCACAACAGGCGGAAACCGAGUAUUUGUUGGUUCUCCGGGUACAGCACAGUCAUAUCGAAAGUCGUUCUUGUAAUAAUCAUGUUGUCAUUCUCUUUUUUAUAUCCUUCAGCUUACUGAUUUGGACUCAACUUUAAUCCAGAAUACACGAGUUAUUCUGGAGUGAAUUUAGCCAUCCUGGACGCUAUGAACAACCUAACUGGGUACAGAUUCCCGCCAACGGCGAACACAUCUGUGUAUUCUCCGACGCCAAAUGCUACUCAGCUGGUACCAACAAACCAAAAGUCACCGAGUGGUAAUUUCAUAAAUGUGGUUUAUGCUAGCUUGUUUGCGUUCGUUAUCACAGCUGGUGUAAUAGGCAAUAUCCUAGUUAUUGCCACUAUUGCAGCCAGGCGGAGUAUGAGGACGCCGUGUAAUCUAUUCAUUACAAACAUCGCCCUUGCAGACUUUCUUGUGGCUUUGAUCCUUAGCCCGCUACGUAUGGCUGAGUUGUUUAUCGGUUGGCCACUGGGUGAAUUUUUUUGUCGCUUCUUGGCGCCCUUCCAGGAGGUGAUUGUAUGUGUUUCGGCUGUCACGCAUACCGUGAUAGCUCUGGAAAGACACCGCGGCAUCGUGACGCCAUUUAAGCCCAAACUAAAUGUUUCAACAGCCAAGAUUGCCAUAGCGAUCAUUUGGUGCGCAUGCUUUUUGACAAUAGGCUUACCGCUGGCCUUAGUUUUGAAGGAGGUAGAAGAUAAAGGUAAAAAAUAUUGCAAAGCCUUUUGGCCCUCGAUCCAUGGUCGCCAAGUUUAUGAAGUGUUCCUCGUCACAGCUUUCAUACUGGUACCUCUUAUAAUGCAAACUGUCACUUACAUCAAAAUUGUUGCAACCAUGAAGAAAGAGGACGCUUCUACGCAAACUAUUACACGAAGUGGAACUGUGGAACAACGAAGAAAUCAGAUCCGAAAGAAGGCACAUUUAGUUAAAAUGCUGGUCAUUUUAGUGGCUGUCUUUCAAGUCUGUUUUAUUCCGCGGGGAAUCUUCAUGCUAGUUUAUGAGUUCGCUAGUCCAUCCUACAAGGAAGCAAACAGGGAUAGUAUGAUGAUUGGCAACGUCUCAACAAUUCUCAUAUUUUAUAUCAAACACGUUUUAAACCCAUUUAUUUUAUUUGCGAUGAGUACUGAGUUUCGAAAAAACUGCUUCCCCCGGAGACUUUGCAGAAAUGAGUCGGACUUUGCUUCAAGCAUGUCGCGAUAUAUGUCUAAGAACUCUCGAACUCAAGUGUCACGCAAUAGCGAGAUAUUUGAAGAAAAAGAAAUGAGUAACUUAUGUGACAGCAGCUCGCCAGAUGUGCUCGAAGGAAAAAGAGAAAAAGUAGUGUUCGUCUAGAUUGUGAAACUAGCAGACAUAGAAUGAAAACGACUACUUCAUGUCCAGCUCUACAGGUUUGGUCACGUUUAGUUGUCACUUAUCGGGUUUUUUUUUUUUUUUUUAAAGGGGAAGAUGGAGCUUCCCAAACUAUCUCACAAAAACAGUCAAACGUCUGCGCAAGUACGGGCGUUGUGAUGACAAGGUGACGUGAAGACAACCAAGUUGUCUCACACAGUUUACAAUUAAUCACACAAGCCAAAUAGUGGGCCGGCUAACGUUAAUUGCCUCGCGCAUGACUGACGUUUGACCGCUGUGUUUAACUACUCCAACCUCAGAUAUAUAUGGCAGCUCUCCGGGCUCUCAAUUUUGGGACUCCUGAUUUAGGACAGGUGUCUAUUUUAGUGAGAAAGCUUGAAAUAAUCAGCAGCUAUACGAGAUGCUUUAAUAAGCUGUUGUACGUUGUACGGUAAUGGCCGUGUAGAUACGCUUUCGAUCUAGAGCUAUUGACAUUUAUCAUAUUUUAAGACUGGGAUGUUAAAAAUUGACGAUUUUUCUUCAGAGAAAGCGUUUUUUUUUUCUUCAACGUUAAAUUAAGCUAUGGCCCUAUCUGAUACAAUGUAUCCUUCAGAUAUAUUUGAAUAUUGCUAAUUAUCUCAGCUGCUCAAUAAAUGAGUUUGUUGCCUGCUCCUACAAUAAAUGCAUGAUUCCGAACUAAA